UAACAGUUCUAGAUGAUGGAAAGUUAAUGAUUUCUGCAGGCCACUGGUGCAGGAGCUGGGUCUGAACGCAUCCGAGCGCUCCCUUCUCUCCGGCUCUCCCCUCAUCAAUUCCACCCUACGCAGCAGCAGCACAGGAGCUACUUUCUGCUCGUCCAGUCCCAUCUUCCACAGCUUGCAGUUGCACCUGGCAGUGGCACUGGCAGAGAGUGGUGCGCACCGCGAUUCAGUUUCACACCGCCCAUUCUCUUCCUUGCACGCUCACCACCAGUUUCGCAUCCGAGGUUGCUCGCCAAAGUGCCUUCUUCCCCCGGACGCCUGCCCUCCGAGGACGCCGGGAGGAACGCCGUCGCUCUCGCUCAACCGUGCCGGCUCAGAAGCAGAAGAUUUUUCUCUUGCUUGCUAGUAUCAGCGAGGAACCAGCAUGCCGGGCAGCCGUGCCGCGACCGUGUUGGACGACCUGCCGGAGUGGCUCGUCGUCGACGAGAUCCUCGCCCGGCUGCCUGUCAAGGACGUGUUCCGCUGCCGCGCCGUCCGGAGGUCGUGGCGCAGCGGCACAUCCACCUACGCCUUCAUCCUCGGCCACCACCGCCGCCAGCCCUCGCUGCCCAUCAUCUUGCACGACCAUGGCAUCAGCCGCGUCGCCGGAGCCUCCGCCUCCGCCUCCAGUGGUCAGAAGAUACGGCCCCUGCUCCGGUACGCAAGCCUCGGUAUAUGCAUGCGCCUCAUAACCUGUGAUGGGCUCCUCAUCCUGUGGCGGGGUUCAGAUUUCUACAUCUGCAACCCUGCCACCCGCAAGUGCGCCCCGCUGUCGCAUCCUCCGCGACAACAGUUCAUCAGCCCCAUCACCGGAGUCGACGUGCUCGGCUUGUACCGGCACCAGCCAUCUGGAGAAUACAGGGUGCUCUGGGUGUCGUACGCCGCGCCCAUGGGGACAUUCGCCGCUGUUAAGGUUGAGCAGCCUCAUUACCUUGUCUUCACCGUGGGUUCGGACCAGCCAAGACGCAUCCAAUGGCCGACAGUUUCAGAAGAUGGGUGUCCUGCUGCCCAUCCACCGAUCCACCAUCGUGGUAGCCUCCACUGGGCAAUGGGUUGCAGCAUAACGGUAUUUGAAACCAUAGCCGAGACAUUCCGGCAGAUGAGCCGUCCGGCACAAUUGGGCAGCUACGUGCUAUUAUUGGAUACGGGCGACAACCUUGCUUUGUAUGUCAGCACCGACCAUGACCGCGUCACUUUGGAUGUUUGGGUCUUGCAGGACUAUGAUGCAGAGACCUGGGGGUUUCGAUACCGGAUUAACUUGUUAGCGAUGGAUGCAUCUCCACCGCUUAAGUUGUGGAAAUCUAUCCCUAGGCUGGCUGUGAUCAACGAGCGUAGUACUCUAGUAUUAUCGUUUCAUGUGUGUCAUGUUAUCUUGAACAUCGUGUUAAUGUAUGUUUUGAACAAUGGUGUGUCUACUGCUAUAAAGAACUGUUGUAUUGUUCUCCUGAGUUCACUUUCAAUUUGCAUUGUUAAACGAAUGGCAAUGUUGCAGCUUGAAAUGCUAAUUCCUUAGCGAGAAGUUAUGGCAUUUUAGUUGCUGAAAUGGUUA